ACUCCCGAUGUUGUCAUCCGUCGAGAGGCUGGGAUCAGGAAGUUGACUUUUAAUGUACUGUUUUGGUUGAUCUCGUCGCUGUUCAGUUAUCUAAUUUACAAGUUUAAAAUGGGGCUUUUUGGAAAAACACAAGAGAAACCACCGAAGGACCUUAUCAAUGAAUGGUCUCUCAAAAUCAGAAAAGAAAUGAGGGUUAUUGACAGACAGAUUCGAGAUAUUCAAAGAGAGGAGGAGAAGGUGAAGAGAUCGAUCAAAGAAUCUGCAAAGAAGGGACAGAGAGAUGUCUGCAUCAUCCUCGCCAAAGAGAUGAUUCACUCAAAGAAAGCCAUCAACAAGCUGUAUGCCUCUAAAGCCCAAAUGAACUCUGUGCUGCUCAGUAUGAAGAAUCAGUUAUCUGUAUUAAGAGUGGCUGGUGCCAUGCAGAAGAGCACAGAAGUCAUGAAGGCCAUGCACAGCCUGGUUAAAAUCCCAGAGAUUCAAGCCACCAUGGCAGAACUCUCAAAAGAGAUGAUGAAGGCUGGAAUCAUAGAGGAGAUGCUGGAGGAUACACUGGAAGGGAUGGAUGACGAGGAGGAAAUGGAGGAAGCAGCAGAGGCUGAGGUUGAUAAGAUCCUCUUUGAGAUUACAGCUGGUGCGCUAGGAAAAGCACCCAGCAAAGUCACAGAUGCCCUGCCUGAACCAGUGCCGAUUGGAGCCACGGCAGCCUCAGAAGAGGAAGAGGAAGAAGAAGAAGAAGAUAUCGAGGGAAUGCAGUCCAGGCUAGCAGCACUGAGGAGCUAAAAGACCCGUUUUUUCUCCUUGAGCUCUAUAGGCAACAUAUCUUACUUCCUCUG